UGCAUCGUUCCUUUAUCUCCUUCACUCUACACUCACAUGUCACAGUUGGCUAAUCGCUAGUGCUGGACUGCUGGGGUUAGCUGCGGGGCAUUAUAUCGCAUUUCAGUACUGCAUAGUGACAACGAAACAGUAGGUCCAAAAGAGGCACCUUGUCCAAGGACACGGAACAAUCAUAGCAGGACUAGCUGAGAUGCGUAAAUCAGCUUCUUUCACACUGACCCACGGAAGGUCGGCAACCGUGACAUUCCAACACCCCGAGUUGCUGGCACACAACCACCCCGAGUUGCCAAGAUGUCGGUGCUGCGCGUCUUCCAACACAUGCGGAAGUGCCGCUUCGCCGGUGAAGGCAAGCCGCUACCGUCUCGGAUAGCUCGGAGAUACGCGACCAGCGAUGGCGGGCCGCUGGACUCCCGCCGCGUGCUGACCAGUGAUACGGCCAUGCCGGACAUCCCCGCCUACAGUAACUACGCCGAGGCGAUGCUCGCUAUGUGUGAACACCAUGGCGACAGUGACGCGUUCGUGGAUGCAGACACGGGCCGCGCGCUCACGUUCCGCGACGUACGUGACCUGACCUUGAACCUCGCCGCGCGGCUGCGGGCCGACGGCUUCCGGCCUGGCGACGUACUCGCUGUCGUCGCUCCGAACGAGAUCGAGUUCGUCGCACCGUUGCUCGCAGCGCCAUCUCUCGGCGGCGCGCUCACAGCCGUGAAUCCUUCACUGACGCCUGGUGAUUAUAAGUAUCAGAUAGAGACGUCGGGAGCGACGUACGCGAUGAGUCAUCCGGCGAGUCACUCCCGCCUGAUGGAGGCCCUCCACGGAAACACCGCCAUCCGCAAAAUGUACUCCUUCGGCGACGUUGACGGCUGCAUGCCGCUGUCGGCUCUCUCGUCGCCCGACGACGAUUUCAAGAUGGCGUUCGUCGACGUCGCCGAUGCGGUGGCAGCACUGCCGUUCUCCAGCGGGACGACGGGCCGACCGAAGGCUGUCAUGCUCACGCACCGCAACCUGUUGUCGAACGUCUACCAGUGCACGCACCCGGACUACCUACACCUCACCCGCGACCAUCACUGCCUCAGCAUCCUGCCAAACUUCCACGCGUAUGGCUUCAUCGUCAUCCUCCGCACACUCUUCACCGGAGCCACGACCGUCACCUCGGCAAAGUUUGACCCGACGAAAUACCUGGAGACGAUUAAGCGCCGCAAGAUCAACUACCUUUACACGGUGCCGCCAAUCAUCAACCUACUCGCCAAGCAUCCGGCGGUGAGCAACUACGAUCUUUCGAGUGUGGAAACGAUUCUAUCGGGUGCGGCUGCUCUAGGAGUGGAGUUAUCCAAGCAGCUGAUGGAGCGAGUACCGAGCGUCAAGUGCCUGCAGCAGGGCUGGGGAAUGACGGAGCUGAGUCCGGUGGGGCUGGCCACGUCCCCCGUCCGUUACAAGAUGGGCACGGUAGGUAAGGUGGUGCCAGGCACGGAGAUUGUCGUCGUGAGCCCGGAGACAGGGCAAGCUCUCCCUGCGCACGAGCCGGGAGAGCUGUGGCUACGCGGUCCUCAGGUGAUGAAGGGUUACCUUAACAACGACGUCGCCACACGUGAGACCAUCAACGCCGACGGCUGGCUGCGGUCUGGAGACGUCGGCUACUAUGACGAUGACAACGUGUUCGUCAUUUCAGACCGUAUGAAAGAACUGAUAAAAGUUAAAGGCUACCAGGUGGCGCCAGCUGAGCUGGAGUCAGUCAUCUCCGGACAUCCGGGCGUGGCGGAUGUGGCCGUGAUCGGAAUUCCGGAUGAACGCUCCGGGGAACUUCCAAAGGCGUUUGUCGUAAAGAAAGUGGAUUCACUCACUGCUGACGAUAUUAUUAACUUCACUAACGAGAAAGUUGCGCACUUCAAGCAACUGAAAGGAGGGGUUGAGUUUCUGACGGAAAUCCCGAAGUCGGAGAGUGGCAAGAUACUGCGCAGGCUUCUGCGAUAGUGGGAAAAUAUAUCUUUAGCUUUCUUACGCAGGAGAACAGGUCUAUUAGCACCCUGUCGCGACAUCUGUAACUGUUCAGUGGUCUUUCGACAUAUCUGUUGCACUUGUAACCACACACGAAUACAUUUACCAAUGCGCGUGCACUACUUUUAUACAGAGAAAUUCGUAUAAAUGCCAUUAAUUGGUUAUUGAUUUCAUUUCAAUUGCAAUGCAUUAAUGUUAUUUUGAUACGAUGCUUAGUCACUGUUUCACGUUAUGCCCCGUUUUUUCGCGGGUCUGUGCACUAUUUUUCACUAGGCUAAACUUCUCUCGGAAACACUGACCAGUGUUGAUUGUAUUAUUUACCUGACGUAUUGUGUUAUUUAUCAGCAAUAGUAUGUUUAUCAUAGUUAUGUAAGGACUGGUGAUACUUAGGGGAGAAGUUCAAUCUGGACACUACAGGAAUCCGAUGAUAAAUCUGUAAUAAAAAAAAAUUAUUAAUAGCAAAUUUC